CCCCGGAAGAGCGCGUCAUCUUCCGCUUCUGCAUCUGACGUGUCGAAAACAGUUUCACACUGGUGGUGGAUUUUUUUUUCUCGGUGGGGGAUUUAUUAUCUAUUGAAGUAUUAUCUGUCUAGAUUCCUGGUGGCAAGAUGCUAGAUUUCUUCACCAUCUUCAGCAAAGGGGGGAUAGUGUUGUGGUGUUUUCAGGGAGCCGGCGUCACUGAAUCCUUCACUGGGCCUGUCAACGCUUUGAUCCGCUCCGUGAUCCUUCAGGAGCGAAGUGGGAACAAUUCAUACACUCACGAGGCCCUGAGUCUUAAAUACAAACUCGACAAUGAGUUUGAGUUGAUUUAUGUGGUGGGUUUUCAAAAGAUCCUGACGCUGACGUAUGUGGACAAGUUCAUAGAUGACGUUCAGCUCCAUUUUAGGGAUCGUUAUAAGAAUGAGCUGGAGCAAAAGGGCGCUCUGAAGCUGCUCAACAACAACUAUGAAUUCGAGGAUGACUUCAAGAUGCUUCUUAGGGAGGCGGAGGACAGCAGCAAAGCUAAAAGCCCCGGCCACAUGCGGACCUUUAAAGAGUCUGAGAAAUCCCAAAAAACUGUGAAGUCGAUGAUCGAAACAAAGGGUGGGGACAAAACCAAGGAACGGAGUGGCAAGAAGAAUAAAAAUACCAAAAAGGAGGCUCCUGCAGCUGAGCCUGUCAAAGCAGAUCAAGGCAAGACCUCAUCCUCUGGGCAGAAGAUGGUUGAGAAUGGUAACCAGGGCUUGACUGCUGACGAGAUUGUGCAGAAGAAUAUAGAGGAAUUCGUUCGCAAGCGCCUGGUGAGACCUACUGAAAAACCCAGUAAGUCCCCGAAGCCUCAGAAGCCUAAGGAGAAACAAAAGCGUGUUUGGGACAUGGGUGGUAGCAGGUCCGAGAAACUGGACUACAGUGGAAGGAAUGGAGAUGGUUCCCCCAAUGGUGGCGAACAGAAUCCAGAAGGACAAAUUGACCUGGGGAUGCAGCUAAGCUCCAUGAAGGGUGACCUGCUGUAUGUGGACUAUGAGUCCAGUAAGGAAGAGGAGCUGGAGAUGGAGGAGGAAGAGGAAGAGGAAGAGGAGAGGGUGGUUGUCAAUGAAACAACCAAGACAAUCUCCAAAAAGGGUGGCAGUUUUGGGGGCAUGUUUGGGAUGCUGAAGGGCCUGGUGGGGUCCAAGAGCCUGACCCGGGAGGACAUGGAGUCAGUACUGGAUAAGAUGAGGGACCACCUCAUCGCAAAGAAUGUAGCAGCCGAAAUUGCCUCCCAGCUCUGUGACUCUGUUGCCAAAAAACUGGAAGGCAAAGUCAUGGGCACAUUCACCACUGUGGCCUCAACAGUAAAGCUGGCCCUGCAAGACUCACUGGUGCAGAUCCUGCAGCCCAAGAGAAGGGUGGAUAUUCUGAGAGACGUCAUGGAGGCGCAGAGCCAGCGAAGGCCUUUUGUCAUUACUUUUUGUGGUGUCAAUGGAGUUGGAAAGUCCACCAACCUGGCCAAAAUCUCCUUCUGGCUGAUAGAGAAUGGUUUCACUGUGCUGAUCGCAGCCUGUGACACGUUUCGUGCCGGGGCAGUGGAGCAGCUCCGCACACAUCAGCGCCGCCUGAACUCGCUGCAUCCUCCAGAGCAGCAUGGAGGACGGCCGGUAGUCCAGCUCUAUGAGAAGGGCUACGGGAAGGAUGCUGCUGGAAUUGCCAUGGAGGCCAUUGCCUAUGCCCGCAACCAGGUCUUUGAUGUGGUGCUGGUGGACACUGCUGGGCGUAUGCAGGACAACGCCCCCCUAAUGACAGCCCUGGCCAAACUUAUUGCGGUCAACAUGCCCGACUUAGUGCUGUUUGUUGGAGAAGCUCUGGUGGGCAAUGAGGCUGUUGACCAGCUGGUAAAGUUCAACCAGGCUCUGGCAGACCACUCCAUGUCUGACAGGCCUCGCCUCAUUGAUGGAAUUGUUCUCACUAAGUUUGACACUAUAGAUGACAAGGUCGGUGCUGCCAUCUCCAUGACUUACAUCACUGGCCAGCCUAUUGUGUUUGUGGGCACAGGGCAGACCUACAACGACCUGCGAAGCCUCAACGCCCGCGCCGUGGUCAGUGCCCUGAUGAAGGCUUAACUGGCUGCAUGUUCUGCUGUCUAUUCAUCGUCGCAAUGAAGCCAACAAUACCUUUGCCACGCUGCCGUGAGAUGUUCCAGCCCUGCUACCUUUGUGUAUCUCAUCCUCCUGUCCUGCCCUCUGUACUUUGCGUUAAAUGAAGAACUCAUGUCAUGCACAGGAAUUCAUUCUCCCAGUAAAGGACAAGUGUGACAGAACAUUUUGCAACAAAGCCAGAGGGGCCUCCCUUUGCAUCAGUUCUAAAUCUUUGGGCCUACAUUUAAAAAGUACCUCAGAUCAGAGUUUUGAAACAAUGCAGUCACAUCCAAAUGACAUUUUAGCAGACUAAAUGGACCUAGGCUGUAAAUGUCAUCAGUUUACUGGUUUACACAGUAAAGACAAAAAAAAAAAUAAUCCCCCUACCUGGCAUUUUGUCAGUCAGUUUUCCCCUCUUCAUGUAAAUGAGGCCAGGUCGUGAAGGCUUGCUGAAUUUGACAUUUCAGCAGCUGCCUGUGCCUGAGGAAAGCUUAGUGACCAUAGUGCCUAUCGUCUCCUGGUUUCUUAGUUAACACUUUCACUACCUGGGUGGUUAUCUAUCAAGAGAACCAUGGCAGUUCGGGUCAGGGUCCCACCAGUGUUGAGAAGCAGUCUGAAUCUGUUAUUUCUAAUUGUUCAUUAAGUUGGCAUGGAUAUCAGCACGUAUGGAGUUAAAAGAUGUUACUCCCCUGUCAAAAAUGGAGAAAGAAAUCAUGUAGUAGUGAAGAUGAGGCUUAAUCAAGAUUGGCUCUUUUGUUAAAUGGGGCAGUUCAUCAACAUCUCCCAAACAACUAUGGUACGCUAUUUCUGGUUGGAUUGUUCAAAGUCAUCUCCAAGAGCUCCUUGCCUACCUAACACACACACAGUUAACACAUUUUCAUUACAAAAUGGAGACUUUGAUUCCUGAGUUUAUAGUUGAUGAAAAAUGGAAAGAUAUUUUUUAAAUUAAUUUGUUUGGUUCUUACAGGUUGCCUGUAGAUUUUCAGACUGCACCUUCUGUGUGGUCAGGUGAAGUUCUUCGGCCCUUUUUAUUUAUGUUUUCCCCUCUGAUUUUCUCUUCAUUUGUAAGAAGAAAUAUAAGUCUUAAGUAUCUCUAGCCCCCUUUAAUUUGUGGUAGUGCAAUAUGAGAGAAUCAAGAGUUAUACAUAAGAUUUGAGCUAAUUUAUGAUGUAAACAUUUCUAAAUAAAGCUGCUAUAUGCAAUGACA